AUGAAUGAUAUUUAAAUGCUUCCUGAAGAAAAUUUUUUGAAUCAUGGAUUUUAACUUUACAAAAUUAGAUUAGAUUAAAAAACAUUAAAUUUGAUAUAAGCUCUUUUAAUGGAGCUAUCACUGAUAUCUAAUAAGAGCAUAUUAAAUGAUAGUUUUGCUAGGAAUAAGGAGAUAAAUGUUGGAUUAAUGGAGGGAAUAUUGAAAGUGCUUGAGUGGAGAGUAAAUGGUAAUAUCAAUGACGGUGAAUUUGCUAUGCUGUAUGUUGAAUGGCUUAAAUCUAAAUAAUUUAUAGUUAAUGAUCAUUUAAUAUCCUUCUCUUAUGAAUUAUUAGUUCCGAAAAAUACAAUUAUCAAUUAUCUUAGAAAUUAGAAACAUGAAGACCUGUCUUUCGUUAUAAGUUAAUAUAUGGAACUUUUGAAUAGUCAAUUUAACGAACACUUGUCAAGCAUUACUAAAAUACAUCCAAAAAAUAUUGAAAUUAGCGAAGAUAUCUAUAUAAUGUUUGAUGAUGAAGGUAUAGGGUAUGUAGGAAUAGAUUAAAUGAUCUUUUUGUUUAUGGCCUUGGUAAAGAAGCAGAGAUUAAGCAUUCCAAAUUCUAAAAAUUAGUUUUAUAGUGAAUUUCAAACUUUUGUUUCAUAGAUUCCAUAAAUAAAUGGAAAUAUUUCUUUAAGAAGCUUUAAAGCUUACAUAGUCUUAAGUUCACCUUCAAGUGAUGAUAUUUAAGAAAUUUUAGAUAGCUGCUAAGAAUUAAUGAAUGAGUUUGGCUGGAAUUAGCACAAUCAACAAGAAUCAAGUGAUGUUUAGUUUAUUUUUCCUAAACCUUUUAAUGAAGCUUUUGUUGAAUGCAUGAAUACUCUUCAUCAAUAAGGCUACAUUACAAAUGAAGAUUUGAUGAGAGACGAAUUCUUAAACACAUACAAUAUCUUUCUGAAUGAAGAUUACUUUAAAAUUUUAGGUGAGAGUACUAAUCAUACUAGCUAUAUUAACUGCUUAGAUUAAGGUAAAUUUUAAAGGGCACUUUUUAGCAAUAGUUUAGAAUUCUAUAAUGAAAGAGUCUUGUCAGGGUUAAAUAUCAAGUUAUCUUAAAAUGUGUUUAGCUGCUUUGUGACUAAGUUAGAUCAAAAAAUUUAAUAAUAUAUUACUGCAUUCACAAAUAAAUAUAUUCCUUAAUCUUACUAAAGCUAUCAAUCUUAUGAUUCAAGAUAAGACUUAAAUUAAUAGAAGGGAUCAAAAGUCUUUUCAAAAUCUAGACAAAAUAAACCAAGUGUUGAUAUGAAAGCUGAAAUGUAAAGACUUGAAAAGGAAAAUUACAAGCCUAAAAUAAAUUUUGAUGAUAGUUCUUAUAACAAUUAUAACAAUAAUUACCAUUCAUGGAAUGAGAGUUAUUCUAAUUAAAAUGAUAUUUAAAACAAAUCUACCUUACCCUUUUUUUAGGCAUCAGUUCAACAGACAAUCCCUUCAAGAAAUUCAAUCAAAGAUAACAGUUAUUUAGACAGCUUACAGAAUAAUAUAAACAAAAACAUUAAAAAUAUGCCACAACAAGGAAGAGGUUACAAUGUAUAAACUAAUUAACCUCAAUUCUAACAAUAAAAACAACAGCUAUUUUAAUAGUUUAUUUCUAAAAAUUAAAAUGGAUAACAUAAUUCAAUAGAAUAUAACAUUAAAUUAGCAGAUUUAGAUGCUGGUCAACAGUCAAAAUAGGUAUCAAUCAACAAAAAUAUAAGAAAUAGGAGCAAAAGUCCAGUUUAAAAUUAGUAAAUAUAAAAUCAAGCAGGGAUGACUUUUAAUAAUAAUAAUAAUAAUAAUAAUAAUAAAAAUAAUAAAAUGUAAGCUACGUAAUUUUAAAAGCAACAAUAAUUCCAAAUAAUUUCUAAACCUCCAUUAGAUGCUCGAUAAAAUUUGAGGUAUAGCAAUAAUAGCUUUAAUAAUCAAGAUAAUAGGUAAUUGAAUAGCAAUAAUUCUAGAUAAAAAUUGUCAAGUAAUUAAUAUAAUAGCAUUUUAAGAUAAGUUACUCCUACUAAAUCAGUUUCACCAAUAAAAUUUCAUAUUUCUUUAUCAAACUCCUAAAAAUAAAUUAAUCUACAACAAAAACCUUAUAUCAAUGAAUUUUAACCUAAUCCUUCUCAAUCAGUUUCUUUCUAAAAGCAAACCGCUUCUUCUAAAUUAAAAAAUUUCAGUAAUUAAUAAGGAUCAUCAGUGAAGAAAGCAAAAAGUUCUUUAAAUAUGAGGGCAAACUCCAUAGAAAAUGUAAAUCAUUUUAAUUCAGAUAUUCAACUAAGGUAGUAAACUUCAAUGGGUUUUAGAGAAUAAACGCCAGAUAAAAAAUACUAAAUAAAUAAUAAUAGUAAUUGGAAUGAAAGUAGUAAUUUAAAAAAUAGAAAGACUAGUAUAUCUAGCAAUAAUUAUAUGUAAUAAAGUCUAAACAACUUUUAAAACCAAUCAACUGCUCUUUAAAGAUCAAAAAGUCCACAAGUAAGAAAAUCUUAAACCAUACAAAUGUGGAACAAAAGAAUAGAACCUUUCGAAAAAGUUAUGUAAAGAUUAACUACAUAGUAAAGUGUUAGUCCUAUGAAAGAAAUGUUUAAGAAAAGACCUUUCCAUUGA